UCGCCGGUUGGACCUGGGACCUAGUCGAGCCGUGCGGACUUCUGAGAGGCCGAGAGAGAGGUGUGGGAGCCCCGCGCCGCCCUGUCCCUGCCCGCCUGUGGGCCAAGCAGGCGGUAGCCCGCACGUCUGUGACUUCACAGUUCGUUCCGAGGCCCGGGCUGCGGGCAGAAGUGGGGCUAGAGCGGCGUUUGUAAAGGCGGCGGCGUUGCCUGUGUGCUUUGGGGGACACCUGGGCAGGACAGGUUGGAUGUUUAGGCAAACUGAGUGGAAGUGUGUAUCUUAGUAGAUGUAAAAUUUCUCUGCGAAGAGGUCAGUUAGUUUCAGUCGCUUCCCGCCCCGCUCUUGCUUGACAAGAGACGGUCUGCUGCGCUGGAAAAUCCUCGGGGCCCGGGCUAGUGGCACAUAUUACAUUUUCUUCCUCUCCCCGCGCUGGCCUUGUGGCGUGAAUCGGUGCCCCUGGGUGUGGGGACCGGGGCUGAGCCAGCGCAGGCUCUCCCGCCCAGGGCUCUGCUGAGUGACGGCCUCACCGGUGUGGAGCCUCCGGGGUUGUCGCAGAUGCGUCUGUGGGGACGCUCUGGUGGCUUCGCCGACUCAGAAGGGCUGCGCUCUCAUCUCACCCAACCUCAGCCAUCAGUGUGUUUUCUUCCUCCCCCGGGGACAGUUUGGUACUAGCCACUGCAGCUCACACCUCUGGAAGUUGACAUCAUGGACAUAUGCGAGUCAAUCCUGGAGAGGAAUCGGCACGACAGCGAGAGGUCUACGUGCAGCAUCUUGGAGCAGAACGACAUGGAAGCUGUCGAGGCUCUUGUUUGCAUGAGCUCCUGGGGUCAGAGAUCCCAGAAAGGGGAUCUGUUAAAGAUAAGACCCCUCACACCUGUCUCUGACUCUGGGGAUGUUUCCACCAUUGUGCACGUGGACGCAGCCACACCCGAGUUACCAAAGGACUUCCAUUCUUUAUCAACUCUGUGCAUGACUCCUCCUCAGAGCCCUGACCUCCUGGAGCCAUCAACAGGGACAGUUGUUCCUUCCCAAGUAACUGAUUCCAAAGCACCCAUGGUCGUGGCUGUCCCCCCAACCUCUACUGGGGCAGCUGGAGUGCUGAGCAGGAGGGCAGAGAGGGCCCUGCCUGGUUUGAAGCCAGAGCUGCUGGAGCCAGCUGUCACCCCUCACUGCAGGGCCACGGUGACAAGUGUCAUUUGCCACACUGCGGGGAGUCCUGCUUCUGCGCACGUUCCUACCACCCAGACUCAAGCACACCAACUUUCAGCCAACGCGGAAGGAGAAGCGCAGUUUUGGGGGCAUGUUGAAGCUGUGCAGGACACACACCUCACAGACAGUGUGCUCAGCGUUAACUCAACGUCCUGUCAGCCUUGUUUGCACAAAUCCAGUGGCCUGAGCCCCACCGACAAAGGCCAGCAGGCAGGGUGGCCCAUUGCAAUUCAGACCUGCUCACCAAAGAAUUAUGAAAAUGACUUGCCAAGGAAAGCCACCCCUCUGAUUUCUGUCCCCAUUCCUAGUUCCCCUGUCCUUUGCCAAAUGAUCCCUGUGACUGGACAAAGUGGCAUGUUAUCGGCUUUUCUGAAGCCACCUCCCCAAGUGUCUGCAGGGACUGUCAAACCCAUCUUACCCCACGCUGCUCCAGUGCCCCAGCCUGUGUUCGUGGGACCGUCUGUGCCUCAGGGAACUGUGAUGUUGGUUCUGCCCCAGGGGGCCCUCCCGCAGCCUGCCACGUGUUCGUCGAGUGGAAUGGCUGUUGGGAAUACCAAGUUACUGCCCCUAGCCCCUGCUCCAGUGUUCAUUGCAUCCAAUCAGAACUGCGCCCCUCAGGUAGACUUUUCCCGAAGGAGGAACUAUGUUUGCAACUUCCCAGGCUGCCAGAAAACCUACUUCAAAAGUUCCCACCUCAAGGCUCAUCUUCGCACUCACACAGGAGAGAAGCCUUUCACCUGCAGCUGGGACGGCUGUGAGAAAAAAUUCGCUCGUUCAGAUGAACUCUCUCGCCACCGCAGAACUCACACUGGGGAGAAGAAGUUUGUAUGCCCAGUGUGUGAUCGGCGUUUCAUGCGCAGCGACCACUUGACAAAGCAUGCCCGGCGCCAUAUGACCACCAAGAAGAUCCCUGGCUGGCAGGCGGAUGUUGGCAAACUGAACAGAAUUGCCUCAGCAGAGAACCCUGGGAGCCCGCUGGUGCGCCUGCCGGCCUCUGCAUGAAAGGUCCUCCAGGGAAUUGUGGAUGGGAAUUUUUCAAAGCCUUUUUUCAGGAAUGGAAGUGAUGGUUUUCUCUCCGAAAGAGAUUGUCUUGAGGGCAAGGGGAGCUGGUUCUGAUGAAAGUGUGUUAACUUGUCUUUUUUGGUGGGGAACCCUGUUCAAUGUCUUUUGUAGUUUCAGAAGUUCUUUUAAGGAAAAUGGAAGAAAAUUUGAUCAUCUAAAUCACCAGCAUUCAAACAAACAUUUCGGCAAUAAAUUUUACAAAAUCUGGAUUUUUUUACAACCUUCCUACUCCUGUUUUGA